UUUAGAAUCGUUUCCGGGGUUGGAGGUCACUUCCGCUACUCGUUUUGCCACGCAGGAGGUGCCGAUUUGCUUACAUCCGGGUUUACGAAUACCAACUAGAAGGCGUCUGAAUCGCUCUGCUGCCCCUGCUGUGAAGAUGUACAGUGGUAAUGUCGGAGUGCUGGUGCAGGUGCUGUGGGCCCAGUUGCUGUUGGGAUGGGUAUGCGGCUCAGAGCUCACCUUCGAGCUCCCAGACAAUGCUAAGCAGUGUUUCUACGAGGACAUCACGAUCGGCACGAAGUGCACCCUGGAGUUUCAGGUUGUAACAGGAGGCCAUUAUGAUGUGGAUUGUCGUCUUGAAGACCCAGAUGGAACAGUUCUUUACAAGGAGAUGAAAAAGCAGUAUGACAGUUUUACUUUCACAGCAGCAAAGAAUGGGACCUACAAGUUCUGUUUCAGCAAUGAGUUCUCCACCUUCACGCACAAAACUGUCUACUUUGACUUUCAAGUUGGAGAAGACCCACCACUUUUCCCCAAUGAGAACAGAGUUACGGCACUGACCCAGAUGGAGUCUGCAUGCGUUUCGAUACAUGAAGCCCUUAAGUCUGUUAUCGACUACCAGACACACUUCCGCCUUAGGGAGGCACAAGGACGCAGCCGUGCAGAGGACCUGAACACCAGAGUUGCUUUCUGGUCUGUUGGAGAAGCUGUUAUCUUGCUGGUUGUGAGCAUUGGCCAGGUAGUUCUCCUCAGGAGCUUUUUCUCUGACAAGAAAACCACCACAACCCGUGUUGGAUCAUAACAAAGCACAUCACAUAGUUACACCUGAUACUGUUCACAGACCACAUACUGGGGGACUCUCAACGAAAAAAAGAAACUGGUGUCAGACCAUCAAAGGAUUGUCACAUUGCUAUGGAUUUUGAUUCACAGAAUAUAUAGAAAAUAAAGAUGUGCACAUUAUAUAAUUGCUUUUUUUAAGACCCUAUGUAUUGUCGUCAAGGUUCUGAAUAAAAGAAACAACCUUUUUAUGUUAAUUGGAAAGAAAACACCUUAAUUUAUUGUCUGUAUAUAUUUUAGUUUAUUUUCACCAUUGCUUACCUGAAUGUAUGAAUACCAUAUAUUUUCUAUUGAAUCCCUGAUAUUAAAUUCUUAUUUGACCCUGUGUAAAAUUUGGUUGUAUAAUGUUGUUGGAGGCACACUUUUUAUCAAGCCUCUCUUGUUUUUCAAAACUGGUAACGGAAUGUGGCUUGGUUUUUAACUGCAUUUUGAUCAGAUCCCUUUGUAAUGAUUGCUUGGACAACAGCAUAUGAAAGAAGCAGUUCAGGCAUCAUUAGCCAUACCUAUUGUUUCAGUUUUGUCUCCAUUAAAGACAUAUUCUUAGUUAAAUGGGAUCUUUGUAACUUGCGUACAAAAACAGGUCUUUAUAUGGAAACGUAUAGACAAGGCAAAGUUGUGCAUAGCCUUUUUUAGAAGUUGCUCCAAGCAUUGUUUUCUACUUUACAUCAUUAUUUGCAUGAAAUGUAUAAUUUGUUUGGGAUCCACAGUGUGUUAAACUUAUCAGCAGAUUCUGUUAUCUAUUUAAGUUUCAUUCUAACUAUUUAAUCAACAAAAGCAUGGUAGGUAAUCCCCUUUUAAAUGUCUGAAGAACUUUGAAAUGGUCUGGUUUUCUUUUACUUUCUGGUAUCAGUUUUUGUCAUUAGCAUUUUUUUGUGUAUGGGUUUUUGUUGUGAAUCAGAGGAACCUGUGCUGUGAACAUGUUCCAGUCCUCCAGUAGGUACCAGAUAAGGUAUUUGAAUACACCUUAUUCCCCUCAGCACUGAUUAGAAAAUUGCAUUUUUUGUGUCUUUGUUAAAUUUUGAAAGUUUGCAUACUUCCCGAUACGCUGAAGUGUUUAGUAGAAAGAUACAAAAAAACAGUAUGACUUUUUUUUUAAUUGGUGUGACAGCUAAAGAUGCACUUGUAUUGAAACGGAGACCAAAGUAGGAUAUUCAAUAAAAUCUGUGAGGAAACCUGUGAUUGACCACUCUGCUUUAUUCAUCAGCCGUUUAAACAACUCGAUUUAGCAGUUCUGUAAGAAAUCUAACAGCUGUUCUGGGUUAAUUGUAAAACCUUAACCUUAUGACUGUGGUAAUUUGUUAUAUCAAAAUUAGUCAGUUGGCUUACUGACUAAUUUUGGUUUGUUGCUCUGCUGUUAAAGCAUAGUAAUUCGGGAGCUGUACUGCCUGUCAUUUUUAACUCAUUUAAUUUGUUUUAUUUUUUGUAAACCAUAACAUUAUACAUAAGGUGCACUUAGUGUAUUUUUUUAAUCCUAAGUGCAGUUGAAAUUAUUUGAUUAAUGGUGUUGGAUACAGACAAGAUUAAGAUAACUGGAGUUUUUCUAUAAUGUUGCAUUUUCACCCUCUAGUGAAAGCAAUGUUGAUUUUCAAAAUCAGAUGUAGUGUGCAUGAAUCUAAUGAACUGUUUUGAAUACAAGAAACUGAGCUUUUACUUCUCCAGUUUUGGAUGUGGGUUCAUAUUUUCAUAAAUUUGAAAACUCUGUGAACAAGGGUCAUUUUAAACCUUAAUAUUGUGUCACUUUUAACUAAAAUUUAAUUUGAAUGCCUAAGCAUUCUCUUCUAAGUGUUGCCCAGGGCUUGCGUAUUAUACAGAACCCCCAUGUACAGGACUGCAAACACUUUAUAUGGAACAUGGUUUGUACAUGUGCCCUCUACUGUACUUAACAGUUAAGCUCUUAAAUAUGAACUUUUUUCAGAGUGUUGUAAAAAUGUUUGCGUAAAAGAGAGUGCAAACCCUGUGAAUAAACAUUACUAAAGUA